AGCAGUGUUGUUGACGCCAGAGCCUUAGUGCAGCCGUGUACCACCGCCGUUAUCCUACAGAGGGAGCUGUUAUUUAAUGCAUGUCUCAGAGCAACAGUGUGCCUUCAUUGAAUCUGGUUGUGCCUUUUUCCUCAACUUUUUUUUUUCUACACUGCUCAGACUGCUUCUGUUAUUUAGGCAAGAGAAAGGAAGUAGCGACAGGCUAGCUGGUUAGCCGGUGUGAAAUCACACAGUCUGUGAGGAAAGAGUGGACUUUUGAGCCUAUUUUAUCUCCGCGGACGGCUCUUCUUUAUUUAAUAUAGCGUUAAGAGUGUAAGUAGACUACAUUUUUUGGCGGUUCGUUUUUAUUUUUUCUCCACCCCGUUUGAAAUCUUCAGACUGACUCAACUGGGAGCUUUGUCUAGUCUGAGACUCAACCGUUGUUCGACUGGUUGAUUACAAGUCAGUCUUGAUCUAAUCAAAGGAGAAAAAACGCUCCGACUUGGUUAUCGUGUAUUUUUUUCACCAGUUGGUUGAAUUGCGAGGAAUGCAAUUAAGGAUUACACCAAGACAAUGAGCAAAACAGCCGGGAAAGGCAACAGUGAUGAAGUGGUGAGCGAAGAAUGGUGCUGCACGGUGAGAGGAAAGCAGUGGGUGCGGCAUGCUGAGGCCACUCCCCCUGGCUCAGGAUGAGUGUCAGAGAUGGCGCUGCCACUAUGGCAACGAACGCAGGUGGAGGAGGAGGGGGAGGUGGGCCAGCUAGCCCUAACAAUCACGAUGGCCGCUCAUACCUGCUCCAGAUCUACCCACGGUUGGCUGCCCAGCCCACCACCUGCUGCAACCUUAGAGUGCAGAAGGAUGCUACAGCAGACUCAGUGAUCUCGGAUGCUGCCACGGCACUGGGGCUGGACCCUGGCCGCAAGUAUGUGCUCGCAGAGGUGAAGGAAUGUGGCGGGGAAGAGUGGGUGCUAGAGGCGGGAGACUUGCCAGCACAGAGGUUUUUGCUGUGGCCUCGGAAAGCCCAGGAGCAACAUCCUCAGAGCCUUGGCUUUUACUUCUUACUACAGGAGAGGAACCAUGAUGGUUCUAUCCGUUAUGUCCACCUCCCCCCUGUAUCUAAGGAGCAAGAGGCACUGCGGCUAGCCGCCAGAGGCUUCCUUCCCCCUCCACAGGACAACUUUGCAGACCUCUGUAACCUCCCUGUCCUCAAUGAGGACAGCAUAUUAAACAACCUGCGCACACGCUUUUACAAGAAAAAGAUCUACACCUAUGCAGGCAGCAUCCUCAUCGCCAUCAACCCUUUCAAGUUCCUUCCCAUCUACAACCCUAAGUACGUCAAGAUGUACGAGAACCACCAGCUGGGCAAACUGGAGCCUCAUAUUUUUGCUAUCGCAGAUGUGGCCUACUAUGCUAUGCUCAGGAAGAGGGUCAACCAAUGCAUCGUCAUCUCUGGGGAAAGUGGCUCAGGCAAGACCCAGAGUACCAACUUCCUGAUCCACUGUCUGACUGCGCUCAGCCAGAAGGGCUAUGCCAGUGGGGUGGAGAGGACCAUACUGGGAGCUGGGCCAGUCCUGGAGGCCUUCGGAAACGCCAAGACAGCCCACAACAACAACUCCAGCCGCUUUGGUAAAUUCAUCCAGGUUAAUUACCUGGAGAGUGGUGUGGUCAGAGGGGCUGUGGUAGAGAAGUAUCUCCUGGAGAAGUCUCGUCUGGUCUCCCGAGAGAAGAACGAGAGGAACUACCACGUGUUUUAUUACCUGUUGUUGGGAGCUUCAGAGGAGGAGAGAAAGGAGUUCAAGUUGCUGCCGCCUGAAGACUACUUCUACCUCAAGCAGCAAAACUUUAAGAUAGAAGAUGAGGAAGACUUGCGUCAUGACUUCGAAAGGCUGCAGCAGGCGAUGGAGAUGGUUGGCUUCCUUCCUGCCACAAAAAAACAGAUCUUUUCUGUGCUUUCGGCCAUCUUGUAUCUGGGCAACGUGACCUACAGGAGGAAGUCGACAGGCCGAGACGAGGGGUUGGAUGUGGGACCGCCAGAGGUCCUGGCUACACUCUCAGACCUGCUAAAGGUUAAAGAGGAGCUGCUGGUUGAGGCGCUGACGAAGAGAAAAACGGUGACAGUCAACGACAAGCUGAUCCUCCCCUACAGCCACUCUGAGGCUAUCACAGCAAGAGACUCCAUGGCCAAAUCUCUGUACAGCGCCUUGUUUGACUGGAUCGUGCUACGCAUCAAUCACGCGCUGCUUAACAAGAAAGAUAUGGAGGAAUCUGUCCCAUGCUUGUCCAUUGGUGUUCUGGACAUUUUUGGCUUUGAGGACUUUGAGACCAACAGCUUUGAGCAGUUCUGCAUCAACUAUGCAAACGAGCAGCUGCAGUAUUAUUUCAACCACCACAUCUUCAAUCUGGAGCAGGAGGAGUACCAAGCAGAGGGAAUCACCUGGCACAACAUCGACUACACAGACAAUGUGGGCUGUAUCCACCUCAUCAGCAAGAAACCCACUGGCCUGCUCUACUUGUUGGAUGAGGAGAGCAACUUCCCCCAUGCCACAGAUGAGACAUUAUUGGCCAAAUUCAAGCAGCAGCACCAGGGGAACAAAUACUUUGUACCCACACCAGUCAUGGAGCCUGCCUUCGUCAUUCGACACUUUGCUGGGAAAGUCAAAUAUCAAAUCAAGGAUUUCCGGGAGAAGAACACUGACCACAUGCGUCCCGACAUUGUGGCGUUGUUGCGGAGUAGCGAUCGUGCAUAUGUGCGGCAGCUCAUCGGCAUGGACCCGGUGGCCAUGUUUAGAUGGGGCAUCCUGCGCGCCACAAUCAGAGGCAUUGCUGCUUUUAACGAAGCUGGCCGCUCCUGGGCCGCCAAAACUUCAGGUGUUGUCCGGCCAAUCUCCAGAACUCCUUUAGGAGAGCUUCAGCGGUCCAAUGCCCCUAUAGACAGAAUGUACAAAGACAUGCAUGCAGAGAUCAUCAGCUCCAUUAAGAACUUGCAGCUGGAUGGUGAGGACCCUCGCAAGCUGCUGCAGUCCUGGGGUCGCCUCCGCUUCCCUCGACACGUCCUCCAGAAAAACAAGAGCACCAAACAGAGGCAGGUCAUCCCCAAGAGUUUGCUGGAUUCUCGGUCUCUGAAGUUCAUUGUGAGCCUGACAUUGCACGAUCGCACUACCAAGUCUCUGCUCCACGUGCAUAAGAAGAAGAAGCCUCCCAGCAUCAGUGCCCAGUUCCAGACCUCUCUCACCAAACUCUUGGAGACUCUGAACAGAGCAGAGCCUUUCUUCAUUCGUUGUAUCCGCUCCAAUGCUGAGAAGAAGGAGAUGUAUCUGGAUGAGGCCUUGGUGGUUCAGCAGCUGCGAUACACAGGAAUGCUGGAAACCGUUCGCAUCAGGAGGUCAGGCUACGGAGCAAAGUACACAUUCCAGGAGUUCAUAGAGCAGUUUGGGGCUUUGCUGCCAAAGAACGCCACCGCCUUUAAAGAGGACAUCUCAGCAUUGUUUGAGAAGAAGAUGGGCCUGGACCCCACCACGUACCAGAUAGGCAAGACUAAGGUGUUCUUGAAGGAGCUGGAGCGACAGCAGCUUCAGGACACUCUGCACAAGGAGGUAAUGCGUAAGAUCAUCUUCCUUCAGCGUUGGUUCAGAGCUCACCUGCAGAGGAAAGAGUUUCUGGACAUGAGACAAGCAGCCAUCUUGAUUCAGCGUUCAUGGCGCAUGUAUUGCAAGGAGGAGCAAAGGCGACGGGCAGCCACUCUGAUCCAGGCUGUGUGGAGAGGGUACAGACAGAGAUCCGAGAUCCAUCGCCAAAGACAGGGUGCUACCAAGAUACAAGCUCUAGUCAGGGGACAUUCAGCACGCAGAAGGUGCCAGUCCAUGCGUGAGGAGAAACGAAGAAAGGAGGAGGAGGAAAAAGAAGCUCGGAAGAGGGCAGAAGAAGAGGAAAGCCGGAGGAGGAAAGAAGAGGAGGAGGCAAGGAGAAGAGCAGAGGAGGAGGAGCAAGAAAGGAGGAGGAUGGAAGAAGAUUCAAGGAGAAAGGCAGAAGAGGAGGAAGCAAGGAGGAGAGCAGAGGAAGACGAGGCGGCCAGGAAAGCGCAGAAAAAGAGGGAGGAAGCAGAGAAAAGACUGGCGAGUGAGCCUCAAACAAGAGAUGAUCCAGAUAUAGAGCUGGUCACAGAGGAGACGCUGGAUCAGAACCUCCCUGUCCAAAAGACAGAGGAGGAGAGGGGAGAGGAAGGCAGAGAGGUAAAUACAAGCUCACAUAUAGAGGAGGAACAGGGUGAGAAACUAGAUUUGGAGACCAACGGUACCCUGGCUGAGGCUGGACCACAGCUGGAUGAGAAAGAAGAAGAUGAGGAUAUGGAGAACCAAACACUAGGACAGUCAGAUCCAAAACCUCCUCUGCCCUCUGAUGGGGUCACCUGUAAUGCACUUACACUCACAUCUUCACAUGAGGGGAUGGAUGAACAAGCUCCCUGCGAUACCUUCACCCCUUCCAAUGCUGAGCAAAAGAGAGCUCCAGCUAUUAACAGGGGCCAGUCAUCCAGGAGCCUGGAGAAGAGAGAGCAGAGGAGACGAAGAGGGCUGGAGCACAACCAGAGAGAGACCGAGCGAGCUUCCACCUCAGCCAGCAAGGAUGAAACUUCCCCGCCAAAGAGCAAAAACCAGGAGACCUCUAAGUUAAAAGAGCGGGCCGACAGCAAGGAGCUGGACCAGUACACCUUUGUGGCCUGGAAAAUGAAGGAAGACAAAGGGCCAAAGAAGGAGGCAAAAACUUCUCCUCCUUCUGCCAGUCCUGUUCGUCCGUCUACUUUGUCCCUGCAGCCUGCUGACCCUGUGCCCGAGAGAAACGGUUUAGGUGAGGGUGCUGGAGUGGUAACCCUACAUCGCCGUCCUGGGGCGAUUAAGGAGAAGCCGGAGAAGUGGAAAGGGAGGAGGAGUGAUGGAGAAUUCUCUGAGAGCACUAGCCCUCCUCAACCAUAUAACAGAGAGGAAAGGAGGAAAAAAGCACUGAGUGAAACAGCUUCCGCAUCGAUUGACAGUUUGUCUCCAGGUUCUGAAGGGGCUGCUGCUGUUUCAGCCAGAGAGAUGAUUUCCCCCUCAGAAAGCCAUGGUGAUGGCACAAAGGCAAACUCCUUCAGAAAGAAACACGACGGUUCUGGUCACCAAGACUCUGCACACUCCAUCCCAUCCACACCAGACAGGUCAGGUGGUUUCUUCAGCAAGAUUUUGAAAAAGCGGCCGCACAAGGAGGCCCAGACUCCAGACAACGGAGAGACGCUUGCUCAGAUUCUCAAUGAGAGGCCAACUGGAGGGGAAGCCCAAAUGUCUGGACAUCCAUCUCGGCCUCUUUCCCAGCAACAUGGGGACCGUGCUGGUAAAGGUUUAGGCCGGAACCCCACCAUAAAGAUCAGUCGUGCCACGCGGGUCUCUGAGAAGUGGAACGCCUCGCUGGAUCGGGAAAUCACAAACGCCAAUGAGUUGCGGCACCUAGAUGAGUUUCUGGGCAAUCAGGUCAAUGAUUUCCGCUCCAGGGGGAAGCCUCUGUCAGCCACGGAGGCCAUCUUUGUAACAGCCACCAUGCAGUUCAGAGAGACAAUCAAAGCCAUGUAUUCUCUCCCAAAACCCACUAUUGGCUACAAGGAUCUGAUGACAGGCUAUCAAAACAAAGUGAUCCACCUGGCGGGCGACAAGCAGAAAGGAGAGGUUCAACUUGUGGUUAACCUCUUCCAGUCAGUGCUGGAUGGCUUCAUCAGAGGAGAGAUGAAGAAGGAGGAGGCAGAGCCUGCAAAGCCUGCCAAAGCUAGGAAAAAGAGGAGAAAAAAAGAUAAAAGUAUGGAGAGCCCCCUGGAUCAUGUUUUUGUCAACUAUCAGGUCAACAUUGUGCAGUCAUGUGACCAGUGUAGUUCUUACAUCUGGGGCAUGGAGAAGGCCUACAUGUGUAGCUAUUGUAAAAUGGUGUGCCACAAGAAGUGCCUCUGCAAAAUAGUGACUGACUGCUCCACUAUCAGUGCCAAAAAGAGUGACGAGGACUCUGGUGGUCUGCACUUUGGGGUGCGUGUGAGUCAUCUGGUCAGUGAGAAGAACCCAGUACCCAUGGUGCUGGAGAUGAUGCUGGAGCACGUGGAGAUGCACGGCCUCUACACUGAGGGCAUCUACCGCAAGUCUGGCUCUGCCAACCGCAUGAAAGAGCUGCACCAGCGAUUAGAGACCGACCCCCACCUGGUCUGCCUCGAAGACUAUCCCAUUCACACAGUGACGGGCCUGGUGAAACAGUGGUUGAGGGAGCUACCAGAUCCACUCAUGACCUUCACACAUUACAAUGACUUCCUGCAUGCAGUGGAACUGCCAGAGAAGCAGGAGCAGCUUCAGGCUAUAUACAAAGAGCUGGAAGAGCUUCCUACAGGAAACUUCAACACAUUGGAGAGACUCAUCUUCCACCUUGUCAGGGUGUGCAAAGAGGAGGCUCACAACCGUAUGUCUCCUAACUCAUUGGCCAUAGUCUUUGCCCCGUGUGUCCUGCGCUGCCCAGACAGUGCGGACCCGCUGCUCAGCAUGAAGGAUGUUGCCAAGACGACCACGUGUAUAGAGAUGCUCAUCAAUGAGCAGAUCCGACGCUACAACGAGAAGAUGGAGGAGAUCGAGCAGCUGGAGUAUGCGGAGGCUCUGGCUGUUAACCAGCUCAAACUCAAGAGACAGAACACGCACUACUGGCAUUUACCUCUCAGGUUCUCAGCUCCUUACAAAGGAGUGGUGGUGCACGAGAAAGUCAGUUCAGAUCUCAGCGUGGUCCCCGAGAACGAGCCUCUGGACUCAGACACUGAGGCUGAGAAGAACUUGGUGGAACGCAUCAAGUCCAUCAAACAGGAGAAAGAGGAUCUGGCCUGCCGACUGCCAGAGAUGGAGCAGCCUGGUUCUGACCAGGAGAACUUGGACUCCGAAGCCUCGCUGAGCUCCGAGAGUCUUUUGGACGAGCAGCAGCGCUCCUCUGUUCACAGCUCAGAGCCCGAAGGGCGAGGUAGCUUCCAGCGGAGGAGACACAGGCCAGUUGGUCCACCCAAAUCAUCAGACCUGGCCCAGCAACCUAAAGUCCCUGGUGAACGCACCUCUCUUCCAAACCUCACCCCUGCUAGCUCCACCUCCUCUGUGUUCAGCUGCGCUUCUUUAACCUCUGAAUCCUCCAACGCCUCCUUCAGGCAUCAGCUGCAACGCCGCAACCCCGUCAUCCCAGACACAGUUAAACUCCCCCCAGGCGUCCUCACCCUGUCUGCAGUCGUGAAUCCAGCUCAGACUCAUACCCCUCUGGGAAAUCAAACAUUAAAGUACUUGAUCAAGAGAAGAGAGCAGCCUGGCCGCCGUAAAGACAGCACCCAGUCCAUGUACAUCGACAGCCAAGAGUCUGACCUGUUGUUGCAUUUUUCCUCCUGCCCUCCCUCCGCUUCCACCUCCUCGGCAUCCAUCUCCACGGUCACAGCUUCUGCUCAGCAACAGCACCACGACACACAAGCCUCAAAGGGCCAGAGACGUUUUUCUGACCCAGACAUACCUUACAUGGAAGAUGAUGUCUGACCGGGGCAGAAUAUAGUCAGACUAAUAUAAAUGACCUACAGAGUUGCCACAGAUGACAAUGAUGGAUUGGGGCCAGGAGAUGAGAAGAAUCACAGUAGAGGAACACAACCUGUACAUUUAAAGGCGAGAUGAUGAGAUGUGCAUUAUGCAUGGCGAGUCUACAAAGUUGGACAGGAGCGACACAAAAUGGAGGCUGUUCCAGUUGCUGUCGUUAGUGGGAACCAAUCAAGGAAGUGUAAAUGUGUCUGAAGUCUUGUUGCCAAGCACCUUUUCUACCAUUUUAAUAUAUAUAUAGUGUUUACUGUUGAUGAAUUCAGUUGGGACAGAGGUGUGUUUUCUGUAGCCUCAUAACGAUGGACCAGCCAUUUUGUUUUGUUUUUCUCCUGUUUUUUUAAAAACACAUUUGUGCUAAUUUGGGGAAAUAGUGCAGGUUCCAGCCACACUUUUCUUAGUUGUCCUAAUGAGCAAAACAUGCUCACUGAAAUGUUAGCUAGUGCCUUGGUAAUGUACAGUAAGUUGACAGAGUUAAUUUCUCAUGUCAUCUGCUUCCAGAGUGAGUGAGUGAGUGUGUGGGGAGAGCUGUGGGAUAAAGAGAGGUUGUCUCAGACUUGUUUAUUGUACUGAACCGACACAAGACAUGUUUGAAACAAGGACCUAAAUGUGCAACUUUUGUAUAGGGGCCUUGUCACAACAGCUGCAAUGGACAACAGUGUCUUUCCGCAUUUACCUUCCACCUACCGCACAAAAAAAACACACAGAUAGGAAGUCAUCGCCUCACAUAGCAAAGGGAAGCGGGAGCCGCACACGCCACUUUUUCUUCUUUUGAAACAACAAAAACACAAACCCAGCCUUGACGCGACAGCCGUGCCAUGAUGUCUUCAAAGCCCGAAGCCCUUGAACUCACUUGACCCUUUUCUAAAAUGAACUUGGCUUCACUCAGCUGUACCGAACCUGCCGUUCAAAGCAAACAGUCCUACAAUGAGCAGGUCCUGCUGAAGCACAGCUCUUGGUCAACCUUGUAUAAAAUGUAAUACUAAUGUUCCCCUCUGACUGCUGUUGAAUGAUGUCUGUUAGUUUGUCUGGAACUGUGAGGACGAUGUUCUGAUGUGUAAUGUGUAACAGUGUGUGGUUGGGACUGAAUGACGUGAACUGUAAUAGUGAUUAGUAUUAACAUGACAAUACAGAACGGGAUGCUUGUAA